AUGCUAACACUGAUACGGUUGUGUAAAGAUCGAAAGAGCUUUUACACGGUUCCCCAAAACGCUGCGUUUUAUUUCUUCUUCUUCUCCUUCCUCUGUACGCUUCACUGCAAAACACAAACCUCAAGACACUCGUCGAAGCUUUCCUUAAUGGCUCUCUCUCAGGUCGCUUAUCUGAUCCCACUGAAACAAGACCUAAACGAAGACACUUCAUCCCCUCGAAUAACCUUAUCCGAAGGUCCAAACACAAUCGGCCGCGGCAGCGUUUCAAUCACCGAUAAACGUCUCAGCCGCAAACACAUUACAAUCACAACUUCCACCUCUGGUCCAGCCUCCUUAUCAGUGGAAGGAACGAACCCUGUGGUUGUUAGAUCUUUAGGCGAGAGGAAGAAAGUGAACCCUAGUGAAGAGGUUUCGUUAGCUAAUGAUGAUGUUAUUGAAUUGAUCCCUGGUCAUCAUUUCUUCAAGCUUGUGUUGCUUCCACGUUCUGGAGAGAGUGAGAGAGCGGCUAAGAAAGCUAGAAAGGAAGGAGAUGAUGAUGAUGUAGAGGCAAUUCGACGUUUUUGUCCAGAUAAUGAGAAGCUACCUUCAACGUUUCGGCUUUUGAGUGUUGAUGGUUUGCCUGAUUGGGCUAAUACCUCUUGUGUUAACAUUAAUGAUGUUGUUGAGGGAGAUGUUGUUGCUGCGAUCUUAUCGAAUUAUAUGGUUGAUGUAGACUGGUUGGUGUCAGCUUGCUCGAAACUGGCCAACAUUCCUCAGGUUAUGGUCAUUCAUGGAGAAGGUGAUGGUAGGCAAGAGUAUAUUCAGAGGAAGAAGCCAGCUAAUUGGAUUCUUCAUAAGCCUCGUUUACCUAUCUCAUUUGGGACACAUCAUUCCAAGGCUAUUUUCCUUGUCUAUCCUCGAGGAGUGAGAGUUGUAGUACACACUGCUAAUCUGAUCCAUGUUGAUUGGAACAAUAAAAGCCAAGGUUUGUGGAUGCAAGAUUUCCCUUGGAAAGAUGAUGAAGACAAAGAUACUACACCUAAAAGUUGCGGAUUCGAAGAUGACCUUGUUGAUUACCUCACUGUACUUAAGUGGCCUGAGUUUACUUCAAGCUUACCUGGUCGUGGUAAUGUCAAGAUCAAUGCAGCCUUCUUCAGAAAGUUUGAUUAUUCCAAUGCUACGGUUCGACUAAUUGCAUCAGUCCCUGGGUACCAUACUGGUUCGAACAUGAGAAAAUGGGGACACAUGAAACUAAGGACGAUUCUUCAAGAAUGCAUUUUUGAUAGAGAGUUCUGCAGAUCCCCAUUAGUUUAUCAGUUCUCUUCACUCGGUUCUUUAGACGAGAAGUGGUUGGCUGAGUUUGGAUCUUCUUUGUCUUCUGGUAUAACAGAGGACAGAACUCCUCUCGGUCAUGGGGAUCCAUUGAUAAUUUGGCCUACUGUAGAAGACGUUAGGUGUUCUUUAGAGGGUUAUGCUGCUGGUAAUGCAAUUCCAAGCCCGUUGAAGAACGUAGAGAAACCAUUCUUGAAAAAGUAUUGGGCAAAAUGGAAAGCAGAUCAUAGUGCUCGCAGUCGUGCAAUGCCACAUAUAAAGACGUUCACACGUUACAGCGACCAGAAGCUUGCAUGGUUCUUGCUAACGUCAUCGAAUCUUAGCAAAGCGGCCUGGGGAGCACUUCAGAAAAACAACUCUCAGCUGAUGAUCCGUUCCUAUGAGUUGGGAGUCUUGUUCUUACCAUCUCCAGUAAAAACACAAGGUUGUAAUUUUUCAUGCACCGACAACAACCCGAGUACUAUGAAGGGAAAACAAGAGACGAAAGGUGAGGUGGAGAAGAGGAGUAAGCUAGUGACAAUGACAUGGCAAGGAGACAGAGAUUCGCCUGAGAUAAUCUCGCUCCCAGUUCCUUAUCAGCUACCUCCUAGGCCAUACUCAUCUGAAGAUGUUCCAUGGUCAUGGGAUCGAGGGUACUCAAAGAAGGAUGUGUAUGGACAAGUCUGGCCAAGAUAGUUGGCUCUUAUUAUAUUAUGACUUGAAAUUGAGAGAGAGAGUGGCUUUGUGGGUUUUACUCCCUUGAUGUUUUAGAAUCAACUCAGUUAAGCAUGCAAAUUAGAAAAAUAUUUACAUUUUUAACUGUUUUAAGAUAAAACAUUGUUAAUAUAUUCUACUUAUAUAACAUAAUCAAC